AUGCAAACAAGUAUUAAUAAACUUGAACAAGCAGCUGAUCAAAUUAAUUCAGCUUCGAAUUCAUCAACUACCAAUGGAUCAUCAUCAUCAUCACCAUUAGAAGAAAUCAAACGUGAAAUUCAAACAUUAAAAGGCUUAUAUUUAAGUCGUUCUCAAUUUCCAUCGAUUCCACAAGUACCUCCAAAAAUUCCAUCAUGGCAAUUAGAUGCCGCAGAAAAAUUGAAAGCUCGUACAUCACCAAUUACUGAAGAAACAAAUACUAAUAAAACAAAUGAUGACAAUAAAGAAGAUGGUGAUAGUAUUAUUUUAGUUUCUGAAAACGAAAAAAAAAGUGAUGAUGAAAAUCCUUUAUCACUAAGUCCAUCAUCAGAAUCAUCAAAUGAUGCAUAA